UGUCUAAUGAAAAUAUAAGUUAAUCACUCAGAUUACAAAGGGAAAAACCAACAAACAUCCCACCCUCCAUCAAUAUUUGUUUCCACAGGGAACGUGCUAAGCUGAGGAUCUUGUGAAAGCUGAUCUGUCAUGGAUUCAUACACCAUUAACUUUAUCACCUGGAAUGCUAACGGACUUAAGCAAAACAAGUAUCAGAAAUUUCAAGAACUUCAAUGCGCUGAUGUUGUUUUCCUACAAGAGACACACAUUGGAGCAGGGGAUGAACAUGUUAUAGAAGGUUUAAAAAAGCGGUGGAAUGUUUUCUAUACAAAGUACAACUCUUCCAGCAGUGGAACUGCCAUUCUCGUCAGAAAGAGUCUAGAUUUCAAAUGUUUAAGUGUCGAGAAAGGUAAUUGUGGUGAAUAUGUAUUGUUGAAAUGUGAACUGGAAGGUUGCCUGUACACUCUAGUGAGUGUUUAUAACCAUCAGACAGACACAAAAACGCUUGAUAAUCUUUCAAGAUACCUGCAGUCAAUGACCACAGGGCUGCUGGUGAUUGGUGGAGAUUUCAACACAUUCCUCAAUCCGUUUAUCGACAAAAAAUGGAGUACAGGCAAGAUGACAAAGAACAGAAUGCACAAUAAACUGCUCUUAUGUGUGGAGAAUUUCAUGAAAUCUCUUCAGCUGGCUGAUGUGUGGAGAAGAAUGAACCCUGUAAAGCAGGAUUUUACAUUCUACAUAAGAGAUCGUCCAGUGUCCAGACUCGAUUACUUCUUCAUUCCAGAUGAAUGUAUGUGGCGUGUAGGAAGUUGUGAAAUCAUGAAUUCAAGGUUCGGAGAGCUCAAAGAUCGUCAACCUGUGUCUUUAGAGAUCAACUAUGUCUCCACAGUGCCUCUUCUGAUAGAUCAAACACAGUCACUCUUCAAACUAUUUCACUGCAAAAAAAUACUUUUGACUGAUGAAACCAGUUCAUCACAGUCUGAAGAAAGCUCACCUGCAGUCAGUGAAGUUGACAUUGUGUCAGCGGUUCAGUCUCUUCAAGUGUCAGACACAGUAAGACCAGACGACAUCCCAGUGUCCUUCUAUAAAGACAACAUCCGGGAUGUAAUUCCAUACAUAAAGAUGCUCUAUGACGGAAUCCACAGGGGUGAAGUCAACUGCUCUGAAUUGUAUUUUCAAGAUCCACAGGAUGAUAUCCCUCACUUUUUUAAUGCCGACUACCUCAUCAUUGCAACUAUUCUGGCAAGACGUCUUGAUGAUUUCUUGAAUCCUCAGUCAAAGGGUAUGAUUAAGGAUUCAGCAAUUGUUAUGAUCACUCCUAAAACAGUCUGCACUGAAGCAAUGCUCUGCUGUCUAAAGGAUGAAAUUGAGGACUCACAUUCAGUUCUUUAUCAAGACUUUCCGCUUGUGGAAAAAAUCUUCAGAGAUUCAAAAUUCAAAAAGUGUCAGGGCUGCCCACUGAAGCCAGUACUCACAGCUUUAAAACUGAAAAGCUGCGCCUUAAAGUUGUGUAAGAAUUUAGAAAAUUAUGCAGUGCAUGUUUUCAAGACAAAUGUGAUCAUUUGCGUCCCAUCUGAAGACCUAGAUGAGAUACUUGCUAUGGAAAGCAGCAACAAUGAAGAAUAUGAUAUUAUGACAUUAUACAGAGGACAAAGUGUUGAGGGUAAUGAGUCCGCAAGUGAAGAUUAUGAUGGACUGUUGGAGGACACAGAAGACAAUUCACAGUGUGAAGACAGCGACAAUGGGUCAAAUGAACAUGAGGGAAAAUCUAAAUCGAUUGAAAGAACAACCAUGUAUGCAGUUGUAACUUUAGAAGAAUCAGAAGAGGUGAUGGUGACAGCAUCAAACUGGUUGACCGCAGACAAAAAACAAUGUUACUGGCCUCCAUACAAAUCAUCAGAGAAAUUCAUGGAAGCUGUUCAGUACAGAUUUGCACCUCAAACAGGAGAGAAAUCUUGGGAGAAAUUAGCUGUCCUGUUUCAUGGAGAAUAUGGCACUUAUGAGGAGGCCAAGAAAAAACUAAAACAAAUGAAGCAGCCGGAACAAGCAGCCAUAGCAAUGAAUCAAGUAACAGGAACCUGUCCACAGUCUCCUGGGCCAUCUUGGUCAGGAAUUUCACAGAAUGCCAGUGGGUUAGGAGUUACCAGCAUUGCUAUACUUGCGGGGACAACUUUAGGAAUACAAGGCACUAAAAGAAAGCGUGAAUCGAGGGAUUUAAAGAUCAGUGCUAAAUCAUAUUCAGUUAUUUCUUAA